UUGAUGGAGAACAGGACAGAAGUGACACACUUCAUCCUGCUGGGACUGACCAAGGACCCAGGUCUGCAGCUUCCCCUCUUUGUGACCUUCCUCCUCAUCUACACUAUCACUCUGGCUGGGAACCUGGGGAUGAUCCUGCUGAUUCUUUUGGACUCCCAUCUCCAUACUCCCAUGUACUUUUUCCUGGGUAACCUGUCUCUGGUGGACAUUUGCUACUCUUCGGCUGUCACUCCUACAGUCAUGGGUGGGCUUCUUCCUGGAGAUGAAGUCAUCUCCUACAAUGCUUGUGCUGCUCAGAUGUUCUUUUUUACAGGUUUUGUUACUGUGGAAAAUUACCUCUUAUCCUCAAUGGCCUAUGAUCGCUAUGCAGCAGUGUGCAAGCCCUUGCACUACACCACCACCAUGACAACACAUGUGUGUGUGUGUCUAGUAUUAGGUUGCUAUGUCUGUGGAUUUUUGAGUGCCUCCAUCUAUAUUGGGGACACAUUCAGUCUUUCAUUCUGUAUGUUCAAUGUGGUCCAUCAUUUCUUCUGUGAUAUUCCAGCAGUCAUGGCUCUCUCUUGUUCUGGUAGACAAGUGAAUGAGCUGGUUCUUGUUUUUGUAGCCAGUUUUGUUAUCUUUUUUGGUCUGAUUGUUAUCUUAAUAUCCUACAUAUUCAUUUUUAUCACUAUCCUAAAGAUGCGCUCAGGUGCAGGACAUAGGAAGGCUAUGUCUACCUGUGCCUCCCACUUCACAGCAGUCUCCAUUUUGUACAGCACUGUUAUCUUCAUGUAUUUAAAGCCCAGCUCCAGUCAUUCUAUGGACAGUGACAAAAUUGUUUCUGUGUUUUACACUAUGAUCAUCCCCAUGCUCAACCCUGUGGUCUACAGUCUGAGGAAUAAGGAGGUCAAGAUUGCAUUCUCAAAGAUUGUUUUGGAGGCAAAAUAA